GAAAAAAUCGCUAGACUUGAACUCCCCUUUCCUUUAUGAAUGAGACAUCUUGAGAAAAUGUCCUUUGUAAAAGGAUUCAGUUGGGAGACAUGGGAUCUGGCAGGGCAGAAACUGAAGUUUCUUCCUCAGGACCUUCUAAUGCAUGACACCAUGUGUACAAGUGUAAACUUGCAGAGGAAUAAACUGAAACGUGUCAUUGGCAUCUCCAGUUUCAAAAACCUGACAGACCUUAAUCUCUCCAGGAACAAGUUAAUAGAAUUUCCUAGUGAGAUGCAAUACUUGUACAAAUUAGAGACACUCUAUAUGAACCAGAACCGUAUCAAGUCAAUUCCAGAGGGAAUACUCCCUAACUUAACUACGUUGAAGUAUCUAAAACUCAACGCCAAUUGUUUAUCCAAGCUUCCUUCAGAUAUUAACCAGUGCGCUACUGUCACUUACCUGGAUCUUUCCAAAAACUACCUGAAAAACAUCCAGCCACUUGUUGGUCUACCAAAACUGAGAACGCUUCUGGUAGAGAAGAACCAACUGACAGAACUGCCAUCCCAGCUCUUCCAGAAAAGUAGCUGUGAGCUAACCAUGUGUGGGGCCAUGGGGAACCCACUGAGGUGUCCACCGGAAGAGGUGUGCGCUGGAGGGGUCAUGGACAUAAGAAGCUACUUCCUUCAACUGGAGGAAAAUCCCAACACACACUCUGCCUGGACAGUCAAGACCAUGUUCCUGGGUUCUUCCAUGGCAGGGAAGUCCACACUCUGCCGCAGCCUGAGAGAAGGGAAACCUGUAGCAGUGGCAAUGAAGGACCGGACUGAGGGGAUCGAAAUCAGCCAGCUGUACACUGGGGAAGUUCGUUUUCUUCUCUGGGACUUUGCAGGGCAGGAGGAAUACUACCUGACACAUCAUGUCUUCAUCACUUCACGAGCCCUUGUCAUCCUUACCAUUGAUUUAGCAAGUUACAACAUUGUUGACCCACAAUCCUUCAAAGACCAGCUGUGGUUCUGGAUAAACAACAUACAACUACGCGUGCCAGAUGCAGUGGUAAUGCUGGUGGGAACACACUGUGACCAGUGUAGAGACCUGGAUGAGGUGAUGGAGAAGAAGAGUGACAUUGAGGGGAAGGUCAAAACCAUGCUUGCAAACAGGAGGAUGGUUUUAAACCACCGGAGGGCAAAUCUGGAAGAAAGCACAAACCCCUCCCUCUACAUGGACCAGAUGGAUGAACUGGAAUGCCUUUUGGACUACAGUCUUAAGGUUUUGGAUCUUUUGCCUCUUGAUUGCACAAACACUGAGGAUAUUGCAAAACUCAAGAGUCAUGUUUUGAAAUGCAUUCAGUCAGAGAGCAUGUUGCUGUGUUCUGAGAGCAUUCUCCCCAAAAGUUAUGAAGAGGUGGAGCAAGCCAUUCAUACACUUGUUGCACUGGAACACAUUCCUCAACAUGGUAUCAUUUUACUUGAAGAACUGAGUGAUUUAAUUAGAAACCAUGUUACACAGAGCAGAGAGGAGCUCUGCUCAAUCUUGAAAUUCCUCUUGAGAUAUCUCCACCGAAUUGGGGUGAUCAUCUGGUAUGAAGACAUCGACGUGCUGAGCAACAGAGUGUUUGUCCAGCCUUCAUUCCUCAUCUCAAUGUUCAAGACCAUUGUGAGACAUGACUUGGUGCAACAACUGGAGGGUGUAUCCAGAGAUCUUCUCAUGCAGGAAGGGGCUCUGGUGAAACAGAAGUUCACCUGGAUGAAUGACUUGAAGUCCAGAGGUACUCUGCACAAUGCAGCCAUGCGCAUCUUGGUCCGCAGAGAGUUAGAGAAACUGGCCAAUGAUGAUGAUGACGACUUUAUCAGAGAGGUGGUGGGAACCAAGAGGGAGGAAGGCAUAAUACUCACCCUCUUGCAGUAUUUUGAGGUUUGCCUCCCGACUCGUGUCAGAAGCCCCUUAAACCCACAAGCACCGGAGUUCUUACCUGGAGAAAAGAAGUGGGAGCGAACGAAGGAGGCUACAACAGAUCCAGAUGAAGCUUGUCUCUUCCCCAUUUAUCUGAAGGACAACGUCAUAGUGUGCCAAAACUGGGGUGAGGACAAACAAGAUGACAUCAGUGUUCAUGUGUACUUCCUUCCUGAGAUUCCUCAUGGGUUCUUCCACAGAGUGAUCAUCAAAACGUGCUCACUGUACCCGACUCACUGGGUGGGGAGAGAGCAGUGUCUCCUCUGCUGUGGAAACCGACUGGCUCUGAUGAGACAGAGGAAUGAAGACGGAGAUUCAUUCAUAGAGAUACGCUGCAGGAGACCCGAGGGGAAUGACGAGUUUCGGCCGAUGUGGGAUCUGAUCUUGGCAAUUAUGUCCAAGCUGUUUGUGCUUUCAAGGCAGUGGCCGGGACUGACCCAGCAGGUACACACUCCCUGUCCGGAGAGAGGUUGUCUGCACUACUUCACCUGGAGGGACUGGCAGGAACUCAACAACACUGACUUCUACAACCUUGUGAAGGAGGACAAACUAGUUUGCCAGGGAGGCCAUACACGCCGGACAGAGCUGAUAUUUCCAAAGGCUAAAUAAAUGUCCUUGUCUUUGUUGAAGGUAAAUGGCAAAGCAGACAAGAGUGUGUGCUUUGAGCUUUGACUAAUCACAGGUGUGUUUUCACUUCAGUUGCAGCUUUGCAGGGAGGAAAUAACCUUAACCUCACCACAAAGAUUCCAAAUCAAAUGUGAACGAUGAAAACCCACACAUCUCUCUCAUUUUUAUUUCUAAGUGCAUAAUUGCAUAAUUUUUUUUUAUGCAAAAGCAUUUUUUUUUUUAUGUAAUUCCAUGUAUUCCAUUUGUAGCUGUUACAUAUUUGCAGUAAGUUUUUGAACCAUCUGAGCUCAUCUUCCCUAUCAGUUGCCACUUGGUGUUUUCAUUUUCUUGGUGAUUUUGUUUCUAUGGUCUGAGAGUAUAUUCAAAAAGCCCACUGAUCAUGUUUUUCUUUCCAUUCUUCAUCAGUUGUCUCAUAUCCCUGUGUUAGACAGUGUUUUCUGUGUGCAGUACUGGCCUCUGCUGGAUGUUAAGGAGCACGACACACAGCACAAUCCGAUGUUUUGUCUCAUAGUUUUACACUGUAAAUAAAUAAAUUAAAACCUAACAGCUUUUAUUCUUAACACUUGAAUGGAUUUGCAUUCAGGAUUAAUGAGCUACAGCUAAAAUGAAGACGAGUAUGUGGAAACAUGCAGAGCCGUUAAACAGAUGUAGCAGAUAUAUUGGAUUAGAUAUUUCAGAUCAAUCAAGCCCUGAUGUGUUUACUUACAUCCAUCUCGCUGCCAUCCACCUCCGUUUAUCUUCUCUUUCGAGUUUUUUCUUCUCUAUGUGGGAACCUGUGCCGCGUUCAUGGUCUCCCUGUACAUCACAGCGUGUUCGUGAUUUCCAGUGCUUGAAGGCAGAAGUGAUGGCAAAUUAUUCAUUACACGCG